ACAGUGACCCAGACAUCUUACGUAAGUGUAACUGCCUCCCACCUUGCACAUUCGCUCAAUAUCAAACUCAAAUUUCAUCAGCUCACUACCCUUCGAAUCUCUUCAACAAAAUAUUGAUGAACGUGUCAAGUUUCAUUGGACAACCCAGAGAACGCUUUUUGGAGGUGAGGCUUUUCUUCGAAACAUUGCUGUAUCACGAAAUAAUGCAGGUACCACAAUACACGCUGCUAAACAUCAUGGGAAUUGUCGGUGGUCAAAUGGGACUUUACCUUGGUGCCAGCAUCUUGACAAUUUCAGAACUGGCUGAAUUUAUCUGCAUCUUCAUUUUGUCAGCCACACAUCGUCUUCUGACAUGUAAACGACGCUUGGCACAUUGAUUGCUGAUUACGUCUCUGCGAAAGAGAAUGUGUUCGUCAACGCGUCUACACACAUAUAUAAUAAGGGUCAGUAAGCCGAAAUUUAGAACUCACUGUACUCUUCAAUGAAGUAUUGAAUGUUCCUUUGUCUUAAUGUUAUUAAGGUUAAAUCGUUCUUUUAUAUAACUUUAAAUAAAAGCAAACAAUAUUAUUAUUAUAUAUGCAUACAUACAUACAUACAUACACACAAACUCAAAUACACAAAUACUCUUUGGUGCAUCGUCAGACGAUGUAACCGAAAGUGAAUCAUGAAACGGCUGUUACCAUACAGAGCUAA